GGACGAUGAUUUCAAAUAUUCGCGGAAAAAUGUCUUUAGAAUUGAAGCAAUUGAAGCCCUUUUCAACGUAUCAAUUUCAAGUCUUUGCCGUGAAUAGUCUGGGUUCGAGUAAAGGAAGCCCUUUGGUAGAGUUUACGACGUCACAAACAAAACCAGGCAGUCCUCCUAUAAACAUCACAGCCAAAGGAAAGUCAGACAAAUCGUUCAAAGCCGAGUGGGCGCCGCCAUUACAGCCCAACGGUGCAAUACGWGGCUAUCGACUAUAUUACUCAACUGAUCUCAAACUACCGUUCAAUCAGUGGCGUUUCAUGGCAACGGCMAUCAACCACACAACGGUUUCGGGUCUGACAACACGAACUACAUACUAUUUUAAGAUCGCUGCCUACAAUAUCGCUGGAACGGGGCCCUUUUCUAAGGUUAAAGCUGUCAAGACGCACAAAGGAGUACCUGGCCAACCAACCGAUGUCAAACUAGAAGUAAUAUCGUCAACAUCUAUUCGUAUUUCCUGGUCAAAGCCUCAAAACCCUGGUGAUGGAAUCUUUGGUUAUGAAGUUUACUACAACAAAACAUCCAAAGAUAUGGAUGUGAACGUAGAGGCCUCGACGGCACAAACUAAAGACAUCAUGGGACUUUCUCCGUACACGUUUUAUAACUUUGGUGUUGCUGCUAAGUCUGAUAAAGGCAUUGGGCCAAUGUCCUUUCCUACUGCAGUAAGAACAAAGGAAGACGUUCCAAGUGGUGCACCUUUAAACAUURUCGGUAAAAGUCGCGACUCGACGACGUUGGAAAUMAAGUGGGAUCCACCUUUGUUGAUUCAUCGCAAUGGACGAAUAACACACUAUUACAUCAAGUACAAAGCGAAGGGAGAKAAAGCUAAAUAUGUAACAGUUGAUGGCAUCAAAACAAGUGUUGUMCUGCAUAAUCUUAAGAAGUUUACGAACUAUUUCGUCUGGGUGUCGGCAAGAACAAAGGAAGGUGAAGGACCAAAGAGCGACAAACACGUAUUCUCGACCGCUGAGGAUGUUCCCAGUGGUGCUCCCACUAACCUCAAAGUACGUGUCAGAAACUCGUCAUGCAUUGAAGUCACGUGGUCUCCACCGACGUCAUCACAAAUGGAUGGAAAAAUUAUGGGAUACAUGGUAUUCUAUUCUAUWGUAGAUGAYAAAGGAAACCAGCUCAAACCACCGUCGCCUGAGGAAAGCAAGGAUUCYGAAAAUGAAAAUAAUUUGAGAGUUUACUUGACUAAACUUGCMCCAGAAACUACUUACCAGAUCGAUGUAGCAGGCUACACAAUUAAAGGCGAUGGUGCUCGAAGUGUCACUAAACUUGCCAAGACCCUACCUCGUCUACCGGACUCUCCCUUCGUCUUUGUCCAGCAAGUCAAGGGCUCUGACGUUGUUCUUGGUUGGAGGACAUCAGUCACCGAUGUGAAAGAGUACAARAUUCGUUACGGCAGAUCGCURAGGCGUAUUCGCGCGAGGGAUCAGAGUCAGAUGAAAGCUUUAAGAAAGACCAUGAAAGAAUUGCCACUAGAUCGUMGUACUAAUAAAUAUGUCUUCAGAGGUCUAGGUCGUGGGAUAUGGUAUCUGUUUAACGUAUCACUACGAACCAAGGCAGGCUGGUCGCCAGAGAGAGCRAAAUGGGUUAAAAUUCCACCCGCAAAGCCUUCAGGGCCACCUCUGAAUGUCCGUACUCGCUCAAUGUCCUCUACCAGUAUAAGGAUCACAUGGUCUCCACCAGAUGUCUGGUUAAGAAAUGGAGAUAUCACRGGAUAUAUGGUGUCUUACAGCCUUCUCAAUCAACGAGAUAAUCCCACAGAUACCACUAUACCAUACACUAACCAAACCAGGUUGGUUGUACGUAAAUUAUCYAAGUAUACUGCGUAUGACUUCAAAGUGCGUGCUGUGAAUGCRUUUGGUAAUGGGCCGUGGAGUGACCCGUCAGCUGAGAGAACCAAAGAGGACAGACCGGGUCCACCAACCAAUGUCAAAGUACAGGUAGAGAGCGCAACAGUUUUAUCAAUCGACUGGCAAGAACCAGACAAUCCRAACGGCAAAAUCAAAGGUUACAUGGUGAUGUUCAAGAGCAACAAGUCUCUAUCAGGCAAAUGGAAAAUCAAAAAGAGCGAUUUACUGGGUACGAAGCUGAGGUUCUUGUCACGUGAUACUCGGUACUGGGUUAAAGUAGCUGCACGCACGUCUGUGGGGUUUGGAAACUACUCAGACGUUUUGACUGCUUUUACCCUCGAUGUCCCAGGACUCUGUCGUGAGUUUAAGGCAGUCCAACUCAGCAGCAACUCUACAACUAUCCAGUGGUUGCCGCCAACAUUUGAGUCUGGUAUUACUGGUUAUAAAGUUUCAUUCUAUGGAUCAAAGACAUACAAACUAGACGGCAGAGAUAAACGUCUUACACAUGCCAAGGACAUAGCCAUCCCACUUUCCCAACAGACCAGCAAACUAACCUAUACUAUCAAGAACCUCAACCCUCAYAUGUCUUAUAAAUUCAGCAUCUCUGCCAUUAACAAGAAAGGUGCUGGRCCCAAGAUCGAUAUAAUCAUCAAGACUAAGACAGACAAGCCCCCUAAAUUCCGCCCCCCUGUKAUACUGACAAAAGAGAUUGCUAAUGGCUAUAUUCCAUUGAGAUUAAGGAAUGUGUCGGAGAUCAAUGGACCAAUCAGAUACUACUUUGUGGUCGUUGUUCCAUUGGGYGACAAAAACGUCUUACCCGAGAAAUCACCUGACGAAUAUUUUAAGCGUGUAAAACGAACUAGACGGUCAGCGGCUGACCACAAACCUUACAUCGCAGCAAAGUUUACACCUGAAUACCUGCCACAAAAAUUUAAAGUUGGCGAUGAAGAGUUUAAGAACCGUUAUGGUUAUUAUAACAAACGGUUAAGGAAAGGAACCUAUUACACGUUGUUUAUGAGAGCCUAUGUGCAGAAUGAAGAUGGGGUUUCACUCUACACAUCAAGUCCUUUUACAAGAGCUGUUUCACUAGAUUCUCCCAGUAAACUAGGUCAAAUAGGUGCGAAAGAAUCGGCAUCUAGAAUAACGCUGAUCAUCAUCCUGGCCGUCGCGUUUAUCGUGGUGUUGGCUGUGGUUGUACUAACAGUUCUUUGUUUAUUAAAAAGACGAAGGCGAAGCAAGAAAGGCCAAAARGAGAAAGAUGAAGAAAAGUCCGAACCGAGUGAUCCAGUCGAACUUCGACGUCAAAAUUUCCAAACACCAGCAAUGAUGGAUCAUCCACCAAUACCAGUCAUCGAACUGGCCAAGCAUACCUCGUAUCUCAAAGCAGACAGCGGAAGCAGAUUUACACAUGAAUAUGAUUCUAUUGAUACUGGUCAGUCGUUCACAUCAGAUGCGUCGAGAGCAGAAGUCAAUAGGAAUAAGAACCGCUAUCCCAAUAUCCAUGCAUAUGAUCAUUCGCGUGUGCGACUUUCGCCUGAGGAAGGAAUACCAGGCUCGGACUACAUUAAUGCCAACUUCUGUGAUGGAUAUCGAAAAGAAAAUGCUUACAUCGCGACUCAAGGUCCAUUACCUCACACUGCAGCAGAUUUCUGGAGAAUGGUUUGGGAGCAGAGAACGUUCACAAUUGUAAUGUUAACUCGUGAAGAAGAGAGAGGAAGGGUGAAAUGUGACCAGUACUGGCCCAAUGAUGGUACCAGUACUUACGAUGAGAUAGAGGUGGCGGUAGUCGACUGGGUCGAGCUAGCUAAUUAUACAAUUACAACAUUACAAAUAUCUAAGGAUAAUGAAUCUCAGCCUCGUGAGGUAAAACAYUUCCAGUUCACCGGCUGGCCCGAUCAUGGAGUACCAUCACAUCCUACUCCUUUCCUGGCCUUUUUAAGGAGGGUGAGGUUUUACAAUCCUCCUGACGCUGGACCAAUAACCGUUCAUUGCAGUGCUGGUGUUGGUCGUACAGCUUGUUUCAUUGUCAUUGACUCUAUGCUGGAGCGAAUUAAACACGAAAACACAGUGGAUAUAUAUGGACAUGUGACAGUAUUAAGAACACAACGAGAUUUUAUGGUGCAAACCAAGGAGCAGUACAUGUUUAUUCACGAUGCGUUACUCGAAGCCGUAUCUUCCGGAAACACAGAGGUUCACGCCAGAAACCUUUUACAUCAUAUUAAAAAACUAACAGAACUUGGCAAAGGAGAAGUUACUGGAUUAGAGGAAGAAUUUAAGAAUCUUAUAGACCCUGGACAAGCUCGUCGUCAUAAGCACGCGGCAGCGACUUUGUCAAUCAACAGACCAAAGAAUAGAAUGGCCAACAUAUUACCAUAUGAGGCUACUCGUGUCCAUAUAUCACCAGUACGUGGCGUCGAGGGAUCCGAUUACAUCAACGCAAGCUUUAUUGAUGGUUACCGACAAAGAGGGGCUUUCAUCGCUACCCAAGGUCCAUUGCAGGAUACAGUUGACGAUUUUUGGCGAAUGCUGAUGGAGCAGAAUUCAAAUAUUGUGGUGAUGCUGACCAAGUUACAGGAGGGAGAAUGGGAAAAGUGCUACAAAUACUGGCCAACAGAGCGUUCAGCACGACAUCAGUACUACAUUGUCGACCCUGUUGCUGAACAGGAGUAUGCGCAGUUUGUCAUUCGAGAUUUCAAAGUCAAAGAUGCAAGGAACGACACUGUACGUAACAUCAAACAGUUCCAUUUCCUUGGAUGGCCUGAGCUUGGUGUGCCCAAAACAGGUGAAGGGAUCAUCGAUCUGAUUGGUCAAGUACAGCGAGCAUACGAACAGCAAGAUGAGGACGGACCAGUUACAGUACAUUGCAGCGAUGGUGUCGGUCGUUCUGGAGUUUUCUGUGCACUAUUUAUCGUGCUGGAACGAAUGAGAUCAGAAGGUGUCGUGGAUCUUUUCCAAACUGUUAAAUUGCUAAGAACUCAAAGGCCAGCCAUGGUCCAGUCACAGGARCAGUAUCUGUUCUGUUAYAAGACAGCACUAGAAUACCUUGGAUCAUUCGAUCACUAUGCUAUCUAGCCAAGCACCGUCGGACUAAUUCAUCCAAAUCAAACUAUUUGCUGAAGGAAUUUGAGCUAUCAAAAGCCGUUACCAAGCGACGUCUUCCUUUAAAGGUUUCUUUAGAAACAGAUGUAAAAAAGCUMCUCCCACAGUUGCUAAGCGACGACAUAAUUAGUUGGUGUCAAUAAUUGAUAUUGGUGUCAGUUUGAUAAAGACUACAGUUACCACUUGGAGUGUCGUCAUAAAUAAGGGUAGCCUUAGAAACACUGAAUAUCAAUUGUCUCCAUGGCAACAAGUGUAUGUAAAUGAGUCUUCGAAUAGUGCCAUCGCUACCAUGACUGACAAGAGGACUAAGCUAUUGUUUGACAAAAACGUUCCUCACGGAAAUGACAAAUCCACUAAGAAGAUGUAUAAAAGACGGYUGCCAUCCAGUUGUAGAUAUAUCCAUAGUAACAAGACUUGUAUAGAGACAGGUAUUCCUACCACCAAAACUACGAAUUCAUAUAAAAGGAAAUGGUUUCCAUGGCAGAAUGCAUUAGUGRAGUAAAAUUUCAAUAUGUCGCAUGUCUAGAGAUAAUUAGGUCACAGCUACAACGAAAACCCUGUWGUGGGACCAUAAACUAAGCAGGCAGUGUACAAGGACGAAAUUAUCUAAAACAGUGCAUGCUGGGAAUUUUAAUACUGAUUUUUUUACUCUCUCUUUGAACGAGCCCCAAGCCCGUUAAUUGUGUGCGUUGUAUUUGGAAAAAUUCAAGUAGUCUUGCCUUUUCUGUAAAAAUAUACACGAAAACCAGUCAAAGGGAUAAUUUUAAAGGCCAUUGAUAUGGAUAAAGGCUGGUUGUAAGGGCUACAUUGCUAUUUAUGCUUUGAAAAUGACGUCUAAUGUACCUUGCCUGUUCAUAUUUGGAUUUUCCCUGUGAAAGGAGUAACGUAAGCAUAAACUAUGAUUGGYGGACUUAGUGUUGAUUGGCAGUACAGAAAAAUGUAAAUCCAGUUGGCAAAUCCAAAUUUAGUUGGCAAUGAGGAUACAACGGGUUUUGCUGUAGAACCACUUCUUCAUAGAAGAUYCAAUAUAGCAAAUAUGGUAAAUUAACUUUGCAUAAUGUUAGUCCAGAUUUCGCAUGAGUAUUUUAAAAAAGGUACUGUACUUGUGAUUGAUAUUUUAUACGGUGUCAAUACGUGGUGUUUUGUUACCGUUCGGUAUGUCGCCCGUGCUGUUGCAUAGUCAUGCGAAAUCUGCUCUAAUCUUAGUUCUGUUGCGUGUCAUUCAGAGACUAGAAUAUAAUGCAUUUCAAGCAAUAAAAAGUCAAAACGUGCAGUAAUUCACACCAUAAAAUGGUUGCAUUUGUAAAAUAGGCAUUUGCUCAGAGAAGUAUAUUUUUAACCAUUUUAAUGAAUAAAUCCAGUGAGUGUAUAACUGGAACUACAACGUAAAUAUUGUCUUUUUAUUUUUUAUAUCCGAUGAAUGUAAUUUUUUACAUAAAAUCGUAAAUAAAAACGAUUGAUUUUAUGA